AUGGCCCAGAAGAUUAAUAUCCCAGACUUGCGCUUCGAGCAGGUCUUCAGAAGGAACCUCCUCAAUUACGCCAAGCAACGCAAGGGAGCGCAGACCACAGACGCCGACCCUCUUCCCAUUAUCACUCCAUCGCUCGUUCUCUAUACGAUCAUUAAGGACCAGAUGCUGAUGCCUUUUGUCCAGGGCUUUGCUGUCGCGUUUGGUCUCAUGUUGCUGCGUCCUUGGAUCCGCAAAACAUAUGAGGCUGGCAGGCUGGUGGGUGUUCGACUAGUGACAAGCAUAGGUAACGUUACAGCAACUUUAAGACCGUACAAAUGA